CUUUGAACGUUUUCGUGACAUGAGACUCUUCAACUACACAAUAAGCAUCAAAGAACAGUGAGCCACACGUGAAUAUAUAAUGAGAUCUGAGAUACCGUAUUACUCUGUCAGAUAAGAUGCCAUUUCUCGCCCUCUCAUAUUGGUCUUCUCUCGCGUCAUCCUCGAUAUUGAUAAGCUGAUUCAGAAAUAGUCCUUAAUGCUCCCCACACGGAGAGGGGAAAUCAUAGGGUCCCGGACCCCUUACGAAUGAUGACUCCCCACCAAAAUGAUUGACCCAUCCCUUUACUGUGCGAAUGGUUUUAAAAACGGCCCCUUCGCGCCCCAGAAAAUAAAAACCAUGACCCCGCCAAUACCUCAUCGCACAGCAUUGCUGUCCUUGCUGCAGCCUCGCGCCUUCUUCGAUACUCUAACCUUCUCUGCUUUGUCUGCCUGAAUGCCUUCCUUGAGUGAAUUGGAGAAUCAGUCGCGGGAGACAACCACCAACGGUGCUCUCAAUAAUCGCUCGGUCGUGUUUCACUAUGCCGCGCUCUCUGCGGACGAUGCAUCCACCUCUCGACUGUCCUGGAAUUUCAUAAAUACGGACAGCGGAGAAGAAGAAGGAGACGAUAAUGGCGGCAUCGACCGGUCUGACAUUAUCGCCGUUUUGGAUUUGAACUCGCCCGACAUACCCGUCAACGGCCACGCAUCGCUAGUGAGACAUGAUUCUGAGACCGAGAAUGACCUGGUUUCGUCUUAUAAGAUUCUGGCACUACAACGUGUGAAUCAGCCGGCGGAGGAUACAACUGUCCAAGAUACCGAAAUUGGAGACUCGGACGCCGGAUCAAAUAAAUCAACGGACCCCAAGAUCGAAACACCGCCCAGGUUGACCUUUCGUUCGUUCAUUGCGCGCAACCUUCCCAGCGAAUUUCUUGAGGACUUCUCGCCGCUCAGGCAGCGCCCCAGCUACCUCACCAUUCCAUCCAAUGCCGAUAAAUCGCCAAACCUACACAUAAUUGUGUCAAUACUUUCGGGAACACGACUCGCGCAUGGCUUUUUCGAGGAUAUCGUCCAACCAACACUUUCCAACCUCGGAAUUACACCAGACCAAUACAUUGUCCACGAGACAGAAUCAGCGCAUACGGUGACCGACCUGACGCGCUCUAUAUUCCUUCCACGCGCACAGGAUGGCGUACAACAAACCAUCAUACUGCUCUCUGGUGAUGGCGGCGUCGUGGAUGCAGUCAACGGACUGCUUUCCAGCAAACGGAGCGAUCACUACGUCCAGCCCCUGAUCGGUUUACUUGCGCUAGGCACUGGCAAUGCCCUCGCGCAUUCGAUGAACAUUGUAAACGACUCUACACUGGGACUAUCCAACCUGCUCAAAGGGGCACCACGUGCGCUCCCGCUCUUUCUCGCGCGCUUUUCUCCUGGCUCCGUUCUACUCGUGGACGAAGGCCGCAGUACAGAGAAUCUUCAUAUUACAGAUGAGCAGGGAUCAGGCGCCAUCUACGGCGCUGUCGUCUGCAGUUGGGGCUUCCAUGCCGCGCUCGUCGCGGAUAGCGAUACUGUCGAGUAUCGUAAAUUUGGCGCGAAGCGAUUCCAAAUGGCUGGCAAAGAGGCCCUUUACCCUUCAGAUGGGUCCCCGCCGCAUGCCUAUAAGGCGAGGGUGUCGCUGAUCAAGCGUGCCCAAGGCAACCCCUACUCCUAUAAUUACGAACUAGUUGCCCGCGAUUCCCACAGCUACAUCCUCGCUACACUUGUCUCGAACCUCGAGAAAGGAUUCACCAUCUCGCCCGAGUCCCGGCCGCUUGACGGGCGUCUGCGGGUCAUUCAUUUUGGCCAUAUGUCCGGCGAUGACAUUAUGGGACUCAUGACCCUUGCGUAUCAAGGUGGUUUGCACGUUCAGGAGCCGACCGUGUCGUAUGAAGAGGUGGAAGGCCUGCGGAUUGACUUUGCAAAUGGUUUCGAGACUGAUGCUCGCUGGAGACGAAUCUGCGUGGAUGGAAAAAUUGUCCGAGUCCCAGAGUAUGGAUGGACUGAAGUGAGAAAUGUCGAUGGCGGGGUUGUUGAUGUUGUUUAUGCUUGAUCUCGUCUUCAUCUUUUCUUUUUCUCGUCGUUCUUUGGCCUUUACCAUUUUCGGUUCUUUGUUGCAUUUGUGUUUUACUUUGGCUUUUCAUAGUGUGGAUGUCUGACAUGUAGACAAAGCGAUGACGAAGUGGAGUUGUUGGAAUUUUGAGAUGGAUGGCCCUGGCGGUAACCUUGUGUCUUUGGGUGGUUUAUUUGUGGGAUAGGUGCAUUUAGAGACAAUCAUCUAGAACGGCUUUUACUUUACAGAUUAAUUACUCCUAUAGUAACUGAGAUUUUUGUUUGUCAAUCAUACACAAUUCAUUCACAUUGUUUAUGUAGCAUUGGAAACCAUGGUCGUCCGCUAUCACCAUUGAGCUGGACUCAUUAUUCUUACGAGUGUUAGUUGUGGCG